AUGACUUCGGUCCUUCCGCCGGAGAUGGACAACGACUCAAUGGCGUCAUCGCCGAGAUCGGAGCACGAUAGCCAGCCACGUGUACGGUUCAUGUGCACUUUCGGAGGAAAGAUCUUGCCUCGCUCGCCCGAUAACCAGCUCUCCUACGUCGGCGGAGAUAAUCGUAUUGUCGCGGUAAAUCGUCACACUACUUUCGCCUCUCUCCUCACUAAACUUUCUAAAAUCUCCGGUAAGCAAAUGAUUCCUUCGCGAUUAAAUCGGGACCGGUUCAAAUUAAAUUAUCUAAUCCGGUUAAGGAUUUUAGGUAAAAGCAAUAUCAGCGUCAAGUACCAGCUACCAAACGAGGAUCUUGACGCGUUGAUCUCCGUAUCAACGGACGAGGAUGUAGAGAACAUGAUGGAAGAAUACGACCGCGUCGCACAGAAUCAAAACCCACGCUCCUCGCGUCUCCGUCUCUUCCUCUUCACCAAAAACAUCGCCGGAGAAGAAGACGAUAACGAUAGUCGAGCGAGCAGCAUCAGCUCUCUCCUCGAUAGCUCCGUCAAUCGCGAUCAAUGGUUCCUCGACGCUCUCAAUCACGGCUCCUCCGCCGUAUCUAACGGUGGCUCCGGCAAAGGUUUCGAGCGCGUCAGAUCGGAAGUCUCCUCGAUCGUCUCCGAGGUUCCUGAUUACCUCUUCGGGUUGGAUAAUUUCGACGAGACUGCUCCGCCGCACGAUCGUGAUCCGAGAGCUAAGAUCCGACGGGAAGUCUCGACGCUUUCGGAUCCUGGUUCGCCUCGUCGUGAGGUUCCUUCGCCGUAUGGUUCAACCUCUUCGGCUCAUGUGAUCACGUCAUCUACAGUGGUUAAAACUAAACCGGAAAGUCUAGAACCGGUUUUGACUCCAAAAGCCGAUCUUCAACCGGAGCAAGUAAUUCAACAGAGUAAUAUUCCGGUUAACUCGCGAUGGCAAUACGCCGCCCCUGGCCCACAGAUUCAUUACCAGUCACCGGUUUAUAUGGUUCAACCGGGAAAUCAUAUGGUUCAACCGGGUAAUCAUUUGGUUCAACCGGGUAAUCAUUUGGUUCAUCCGGUUCAGUAUAUUCCACAAUACCAGCAUGUACCGAUGGGAUACCAUCACCAACCACAGCCUCAUCAGAUUCCUGGUCUGGGUCAAGUGUAUGGUGACACGGGUAGGCCGGUUAUGAUGGCAGUUGAUGGAGUUAACCGGGGAGCUUAUUAUGGUAUGAAAACACCCGGUCCGGUUCAGAUGUAUCAUCAUCAUCAUCCUGGUAUGGUUGUUCCUGGUGUAGAAGAACAAUACAGAACCAAAACGGAUUCGGAUCCGGGUGGGGCUUCUUAGCUGGUUUAAGAGAAUUGGGAAAGUCAUCGUCGUCCUUUGAGGCGUGUCUCUGAUUGAACUGUCUAAAUCUGUGUGUUUUUGUCAAUUUUAUAUUACAAGCUGGUACUAUGAACAAUGAAACCCAAUAUCAACACUAUUGUUUAUAAAUAAUAAAAGUACAUCUGUGAUUUGGUACACAAUUCACUGAUUUUUA